CUCGCCACCGUUUUUCUUCUUCAGCCCCGAACUGUUGCUUCUUCUUCUUUCGUCGCUCUCUCAGCUUCUUCGUCUCAUUUAUCUUCGUUCUGUGUCAUCGAUUGGGAUUGGGCUUCAUCUCCAACAGCCAAAACCCCUGGCCUGCAACCUGCCAGUGGGUUUGGUUGGUCUGUUUUAAUCUUCAACCUAUUCCUGUUGUGGCUUGGCCUGCCGAAAUGCACUAGAUGAUGAGUUGUAGUGCAUUAUGGGCUGGUUCCCAUCAUUAUGGUCUGAGGAGCUCUACACUCGCACAACCUUUAUAUUCUUUCAACUAUUAUCCUCUUUCAGUAUUUUAAGCUUGUGUCCUGCCGUAAGUUCACUUCUUAUUUGGACAAAUUGAAUCAUUGAGAUACAACACUGAAGGGGAAACGACAUUGUUGAGUCAUUCGCCAAUUUAUUUGAAACAAGCUCAUCUGGAGCCAUAAGCUAGCCCAUGAUUAAUGGCUGGCAGUGGGAGAAUGCCGUUGCCGGAUCUGCCGCCGGCCUUGCCACCGUCUCCUUCACUCACCCCCUUGACGUUGUUCGUACCCGAUUCCAAGUGAAUGAUGGCCGAAUAUCAAACAUUCCUACAUAUAAGAAUACUCCUCAUGGACUCUUCAAUAUCGCUAGGGCUGAGCUACAGCAAAGCCAAGCAGAGGUAUCUGAGGAGCAGAGAGGAGCUAGGACCCACUCUGCAUCUUGCGUCAGCUGCAGAAGCAGGCGGCCUGGUCUCUCUUUGCACCAAUCCUGUUUGGUCUCUCUUUGCACCAAUCCUGUUUGGAUGGUGAAAGCAAGAUUGCAGCUUCAGACUCCUCAGCAUGGUCGUCCAUACUCUGGUUUUCAUGAUGCUUUAAGAACCAUACUAAAAGAAGAGGGAUGGAGGGCACUAUACAAAGGGCUUGUGCCUGGUCUUUUUUUGCAGGUUACACAUGGUGCAGUUCAAUUUACAGCAUAUGAAGAACUUCGAAAAUUUGCUAUGAAUAUUAGGAUUGGAGAAAGAAAAAAUAGAAUAGCCAAUGGGUUGUUGGAUUCAUUUGAUUAUGCCUUUUUGGGUGCUGUUUCAAAACUAGCUGCCAUUUUGUUGACUUACCCUUUUCAGGUUAUUCGAUCAAGACUUCAGCAACGCCCUGGCAUUGAGGGGAUUCCAAGAUACAUGGAUAGCUUCCAUGUUGUGAAGGACACUGCACGGGUCUGCGGGGGUUUCACCGAGGUAUGACUGCAAAUGUGCUGAAAAAUGCUCCAGCUUCUUCAGUGACAUUCAUUGUGUACGAGAAUGUGUUGAAUGUGUUGAAACUGGCUAGAUGGAAAGAUAGCUAACCCGAUUUGCCUUUGGCUUAAUCUUUUAUGUGGGAUGGAGCUUUUCUUCCAUGGAAUUAUUAAUGAACAUUGGUAUUCGUUUUAUAUAUAGAGUAACUAUAUUUGAAAUUGCUAAUGUAUGAAUGACACAAAAAUUUGUUCGAAUUCGGAU